UUUGUCGAUAUAUCGAACAAAAAAAUCAUCGGAAUUUUUUGUUCGUCUUUUAGCUGUUUACCCUAAAAAAAUUGCAAUUAAAGUAAUAUAUUCUUAUUGAAACAACGAUUUAGAGUUGUGCAAGUUAAAUUAAUAGCUGUUAAGUGAUGGCGCAAACGAUAGAUGUGGCCUGCGUCAAGGAGGAGCAGUGCGAGGCCAUUUGCAAUAUGUUCAAGAAUCAGGAUUGGCAAUUGACGAUGCGACACAGAGAUUUGGGCCUGGUCAAGAUCGAGCAAGACAUGAGUUUCGUGUGGCAGAGCAGCGCCAAUGCCAGCAGCACUGACAACAAACAGCGGCAAGCAGCCGAGAAACAAACAGUGAAAAAAUUUCAGAACGGCAGCGAAAAGCCCUUCAAGUGCGCCCACUGUCCUAAGGAUUUCGCAACGAGCAGCAAUCUCAAAGUCCACCUCACACGCACACACUCUGGCGAUCGUGAGCGACCCUUUCUCUGUCCCACCUGUCCGAAGUCCUUUGCGACGAAUGACAACCUGCAGAAGCACAUACGCCGGCAUUCGAGUGAAAGGACUCUCAGUUGCCCACACUGCCCAAAGCUGUUUGCCACCAAGGACAACCUGCAGAAGCACAUCCGUCGGCACUCCAGUGAAAGGACGCUCAUUUGCCCGCACUGUCCCAAGGCCUUUGCCACAAAUGACAAUCUGCAGAAGCACAUCCGCCGCCACUCGAGCGAGCGGACCCUCAAUUGUCCGCACUGCCCAAAGGCGUUCGCAACCAACGAUAAUUUGCAGCGACACAUACGGGGACACACAGGCGAACGGCCAUUCAAGUGCCCCUAUUGCCCCAAGCCCUUCGCCCAAAAUCGUGAUCUCAAAGCGCACAUCCUGGAGCACACGGGCGAGAAGCCCUACAAGUGCCCCCACUGCCCUAAAGCGUGCGUGCGCAGCGAGGGUUUGAAAAAGCACAUUCUGCGCCUGCACAAAGACAUUGAGCCGGAGCCGACGCAGACGACAGCCAAGCAGUGCGUAGAUCGUAGAUAUCUAAUCUAUCAAAUGAAAUAACUCCAUGUCUAUAUAUAUCAAAAUAUAUAUAUAUAUAUAUAUU